AUGAACAGGUUUCGCUUUGGCGACUCUGAAGAGUCCACGUCCGACUUCGAUGAGGACACCUCCGGUCUUCCUUUCCCAGAGCCAUUGUCUCGCUCUUCUUUCCUCGCCUCUGACUUCGAUGCGGCAAACUACCUAUCGUCCCUGAGAAACCGACACCAGAGUCUUGAGGAUCUGCGACAGGAACUACGGAACCUAGACCAAUUGUUGAGUAAAGAGCUGCUAGACUUGGUCAAUGAGAAUUAUCAGGACUUCUUGUCGCUUGGGCCUGCACUGCAAGGAGGUGAAGAGAAGGUAGAGGGGGUUCGAGUCGGGCUGUUGGCAUUUCAGAGGGACAUCCAGACAAUACGCGAUAAGGUCGAGGCUAGACGAAAAGAAGUGGAACAGCUGCUGGGUGAGAAAAGGCAGCUCAGAGGAGACGCCAACAUUGGGAAGGCCCUGUUGGAUUUUGUAGAUCGCGUUGAAGAGCUCGAACAACGGUUGAUGAUCGGGGACUCCGCGGCUCGCCCUCAGGAAGAUUGCGCUGACGACCUGGAUUCAGAAUCCGAUUUUCUGGACAGUGAAAGCGACGAAAGCGACGAAGAGUCCCCGGCAAACAAAUCUGCCGCACCUUCGGUCUCCCUGAAGAGGCUUGAGCAUCAUAUCCAAAAAUACGUCUAUCUUACAAAAUUGUCAACUCGGAUAGGGGACGAACACCCGUUCCUAGUUGGCCAGCAACCGCGUGUGACCAAAAUCAGAUCUACAGUACUCCUGGAUCUCAAAACAGCACUCGAACAAGCCAAGCAUGCUGGUGGCAAGCAGGAUAGAAAGACACUGGAGGUAUUGCGUCUCUACAAUCUCAUGGGAGAAGAUACCAGCGCAGUAUCUGCGUUGAAAAAUCUCAAGACUUAG